GUGACUCACCGGGUUUCAACCAAAAGGACAUUCAGAUACAGAGGAUGUUUACCGCUUCUGCCUUUCAUAGAUCGCUUCCUUGUUUUAGCAUUUAAAAGAGAGAAAUCAUCCCUCAAAACUAAGACUAAAUUCAGGGAAUGAAACUACAGACCACAGAGGCGAAUCUAAAUUUGUGGUUGACUUCAAACAUGAAACUUUCAUCAGCUCUCGUUGCCAGUCUUUUGCUUCUCUGCGUAUCACAAGCAAUUGCUUUAGUGAUUCCAAACACGAAAACGAUAAUGGAUGACAGAAUUUUGCCAAAGGAGUAUAAUCCUCGCCCAAAGGGAAGUGAAACAAAGCAAACAGAGACAGACGAGGGAAGCGAUCUGGAGUAUUUCCAUGUCCCAGCUGAUAAGCUGGGAAAUGCAGCAGCUGACUAUUUGGUGGAUUUCAAAACUAACGAGUUCCUUCGGCGCGUCGACACAGCCGGUGCUUGCUAUCUUGGAUCACUGCCGGAUAAAUUGCCAAAAGGAAGUGACCUACAGACUGCAUUUAGUGAGGUAUUUGAUGCUCAUCGUUCUCCGCAAAAUCAAGACAUAGUUGGAGACUACUGGUUCGUGUCAGAAAAAGUCGAUAAGACUCUUCUUAAGGAGGAAGUCCAAAAUUUUUGUGAUCCGGGUUUCCCAAUUUAUCGUGUUCGAAAAGUUGAGCUAGUUUCCACUGAUGCGGAAGUUGACGGUGGAAGAACCACUCGUAGAGUCAGACGUGCCCUUCCACUAGAUUUUACAAGGGUCUCUAUUUGCUCGCCCAAUCAGAUUCCCUUUCGUUGCAAUCCUAGCGACUGGUUGAUUGACGCAAAGAUCCAGGGUCGGCACUGUAUAUGGAGGACAACAUGCCGCACCGAUAGUAUCAGAAAAAUCGUGAACUGUAGUGUCACAAAUUGGGACCACCAUUAUGACUCUGUAAUCUGCUUGCAAGCUCGCUGCCCAUAA